AAAGAUAACAAGAUAACAGCGACAGUCUGGAGUUCUGGACAGUCUCUAACACACGUAACGCCAUCUAUCGGAGCCAUACGACCUAAGCGGAAGACGUUUCGAAUCUGUCAGUUUCUAGCAACUUCGAUUGAUUUUAGUAUUGCGAAAAUGGUUGACUAUAGUAAGUGGAAAAACAUUGAGAUAUCUGAUGAUGAGGAUGAUACCCAUCCUAAUGUGGACACACCAUCCUUGUUCAAAUGGAGACAUGAAGCUAGGGUAGAAAAAAUGAAAGAAAUGGAACAAGAAAAAGCCAUGUUUCUCAAAGAAAAGAAUGAGAAUACCGCUAAACUGAAAGAGACUAAAAUCAAAUAUGAACAGGCUCAGAAAGAUGGCACUGAUUUGUCUGAUUUGAAGAAGCAGUUGGAAGAACUUGAGGUGAAAAGAAUUGCACUAGAAGACCAUGAAGAACAAAUGAAGAAAAAGGAAAAGCUAAUGCCAUGGAAUGUAGAUACAAUUAGUCAACCUGGAUUUUCGAAAACUGUGGUGAAUGUUGGUCAACCUAAGAAACAAGUGGAACUCACUGAUGAAGAAAAGGAAAUUAAAACCAGAGAAUUUUUCAAGAAGCAUGAGAAAAAUCUAAAAGCAUAUGGAAUGCUACAAAAAUAUGAUGAUAGUAAACGAUUCCUUCAAGAAAAUCCUGAUCUUGUUUGUGAAGAAACAGCAAAUUACCUAGUAAUUUGGUGUAUUAAUUUGGAAAUGGAAGAGAAAACUAGUUUGAUGGAACACGUAGCUCAUCAGUGCAUUUGCAUGCAAUUCAUUCUGGAAUUAUCUAGACACCUUAAUCGAGAUCCAAGAUCGUGUGUCUCAUCAUUUUUCUCUAAAAUCCAAAUAGCCGAUGUGGAAUAUCGUAAAGGAUUUGAAGAUGAACUCAAAGCUUUCAAAGAACGCAUACAGAGGCGUGCCAAAGAGAAAAUCGAAGCUGCUGUAACCGAGGCAGAAGAGGAGGAGAGAAAAAAUCGCCUCGGGCCAGGUGGAUUGGAUCCUGUCGAGGUGUUUGAAAGUUUACCGCAGGUGCUUAAAGAAUGUUUUGAGACACAAAACAUUGAACUUCUUCAGCAAGCAAUUUCAACUUUACCAGAAGAAGAGGCACGUUAUCACAUGAAAAGAUGUGUGGAUUCGGGACUGUGGGUACCAGAUGCAAAUAGUGGGAAAAAAGAAUAGUUUUGCGAAUAUCACUUGAAUUUUUAACAUUAAUAAACAAUUUGAUUAAUAAAUAAAUAACCUGGAUAAACGA